UGGUCUCUCUUCCAAUUUCAUCUAGGGGCAAUACAUGACUCUCACCAACCUCCAGGGCUCGGAUCCACUGUUUAGAUACCUGAGGAAAGAGUUAGUCAUCCCAGUGACCACAGACUCCCCUCCCUGACACCUCCCUGGAACAGGGACUAUCCUUGUUACAUGAAUCAAGGAAAGCUGACCAAAUCCUCAGCCACCUGAAGCAGAAGCUGUAAUGGAGAUUCCCAAGCAAUCAGCCCUUUCUCCUCUCACUCCCCACCUCGCCCUUUGUACAACUUUAAAUUAAGAGUUCAGAAAACAGCCUAGGGUGGUCCGAUGUUGGUGAGUUAUCUCACCUGAUUGUUUAUAGUCAGUUAGAUUGAACUCCUUAUUCUACUCUUUCCCCCCUUCUCACUACUGAACUUGACUCGUCUUUAAAAAAAAAAAAAAGAAUCAGUCUAGUCAGCGAUGUUCAAACUCUCCUGAUCACAAUAACCCUUGGGGGCAAUUGUUUAAAAAAUUUCAGCCACAUAUCCAGGACCCACACCAGCCAUAUUUACUGAAUCAAAUGGGGUGGAGGUGGGGAGGGGGCUGGAGAAUCUGUAUUAUUUACCCAGCACAUUAGCUGGAUUCUUAGUAUGAGGUAAGGUUGGGAAACAUUGGCCUAGUUUAUGUGAAAAGAUAGGAACAGUUUCCUUGGCUAGACUAAAAGAUGUCUUCAACUUAUAACUAAAAUAUCUCAAGUUAGUAGGUUGGAAGCCACUCUCCUACUCUGGGCUAAAGAUGCAGUUGUACAAAUCGGUUCUCCUGGACCCCAUUCAAAUGACUCCAAGGCUGUGACAGAUCGGAAGUCCUCCCUCAGAUGCCUGGACCAGCUCAUCGACGCCGACUCCAAUCCCCCAUACCUGUAGCUGACGAUGCAAGAGGCUCCCACAUCACGAGUAGGAGCUCAAGAGUUACGUAGGGAUCUGUGGGAACUGCUCCGUGACUGUUAGAGAAGAUGCCUUACCUUGGCUCUGAGGACGUGGUGAAGGAGUUGAAGAAGGCUCUGUGCAAUCCUCACAUUCAAGCUGAUAGGCUGCGCUACCGGAAUGUCAUCCAACGAGUGAUUAGGCACAUGACUCAGGGCUUGGACAUGUCUGGUGUUUUCAUGGAAAUGGUGAAGGCCAGUGCCACUGUAGAUAUUGUUCAGAAGAAGUUGGUUUAUCUGUACAUGUGCACAUAUGCCCCUCUGAAACCAGAUCUGGCUCUCCUGGCCAUUAAUACACUGUGCAAAGACUGCUCGGACCCCAACCCGAUGGUGCGAGGGCUGGCACUACGGAGCAUGUGUAGCCUCAGGAUGCCUGGUGUGCAAGAAUAUAUCCAACAGCCUAUUCUCAAUGGCUUACGGGAUAAGGCUUCAUAUGUCAGGAGGGUAGCAGUCCUUGGUUGUGCCAAGAUGCAUAAUCUUCAUGGAGACUCUGAAGUGGAUGGUGCCCUGGUAAAUGAGUUAUACAGUUUGCUGCGUGAUCAGGAUCCAAUUGUGGUUGUGAACUGCCUGAGGUCUCUAGAGGAAAUUCUGAAACAGGAAGGAGGAGUUGUCAUCAAUAAGCCCAUUGCCCAUCAUCUCUUAAAUAGAAUGUCAAAACUGGACCAAUGGGGCCAGGCUGAAGUAUUGAACUUUCUGCUACGCUACCAACCCCGCAGUGAGGAGGAAUUAUUCGACAUUCUCAAUCUGUUGGACAGCUUUCUCAAGAGCAGUAGCCCAGGUGUGGUGAUGGGAGCCACAAAACUCUUUCUGAUCUUGGCAAAAAAGUUUCCCCAUGUACAAACCGAUGUGCUUGUGCGAGUCAAGGGACCUUUGCUAGCUGCCUGUUCUUCAGAGAGCCGUGAACUCUGCUUUGCUGCCCUUUGUCAUGUGCGCCAGAUCUUGCAUAGUUUGCCAGGUCACUUUAGCAGCCACUAUAAAAAGUUUUUUUGUUCCUACUCGGAGCCCCACUAUAUCAAACUACAGAAGGUGGAAGUGCUGUGUGAGCUAGUGAAUGAUGAGAAUGUGCAGCAGGUGCUAGAGGAGCUUCGAGGGUACUGCACGGAUGUCUCUGCUGACUUUUCCCAGGCUGCCAUCUUUGCCAUAGGUGGCAUCGCCAGGACUUACACAGAUCAGUGUGUGCAGAUUCUAACAGAGUUACUGGGGCUUCGACAAGAGCAUAUUACUACAGUGGUGGUGCAGACUUUCCGAGACCUGGUUUGGUUGUGUCCUCAGUGUACCGAAGCUGUGUGUCAGGCCCUGCCCGGCUGUGAGGAGAACAUUCAAGAUAGUGAGGGGAAGCAGGCACUUAUUUGGCUACUUGGGGUUCAUGGGGAAAGAAUUCCCAAUGCUCCUUAUGUGUUAGAGGACUUUGUAGAGAAUGUGAAGUCAGAGACAUUUCCAGCUGUUAAGAUGGAGCUACUCACUGCUCUGCUGCGCCUUUUCCUCUCACGACCUGCUGAGUGCCAGGACAUGCUGGGACGUUUGUUAUAUUACUGCAUAGAGGAGGAGAAGGAUAUGGCUGUACGGGACCGAGGUCUCUUCUAUUAUCGCCUCCUCUUAGUUGGCAUUGAUGAAGUUAAGCGGAUCUUGUGUAGCCCAAAAUCUGACCCUUCUCUUGGACUUUUGGAGGAUCCAGCAGAAAGACCUGUGAACAGCUGGGCCUCAGACUUCAACACGCUGGUGCCAGUGUAUGGCAGAGCCCGCUGGGCAACUAUUUCUAAGUGCCAGGGGGCAAAGCAACAUGGCCCAGAGCUUCCUAACACUGCAUCUUUUGCCACAUCAGGAUCCCUGAUUCCUGAAGAGAACAAGGAGACAAUACAAGAACUCCCUGAUUCUGGAGCCCUCAUGCUAGUUCCCAAUCUCCAGCUUACUGCUGAGUAUUUUGAGAAAACUUGGCUUAGCCUCAAGGUUGCUCAUCAGCAAGUAUUGCCUUGGCAGGGAGCAGUCCAUGCUGAUACUCUCCAGAUGGCUCUUCAAGUAGUGAACAUCCAGACCAUCGCGAUGAGCAGGGCUGGGGCUCGGCCAUGGAAAGCAUACCUCAGUGCUCAGGAUGAUACUGGCUGUCUGUUCUUGACAGAACUGCUGUUGGAGCCUGAGAACUCAGAAAUACAGAUCUCUGUGAAACAAAAUGAGGCAAGGACGGAGACACUGAACAGUUUUAUUUCCGUAUUAGAAACUGUGAUUGGAACAAUUGGAGACAUAAAAUCAUAACAGAUUCUUUUUGCUUGUCCUGAGUAAGAUGAAUAACUAUCAGAGUUCCUUAGUUUUUCUUAUUAGAGCUGCUUGUAAGUCCAGAUAAUACCAGAUGCAAAGGAGAAUGGGAAAUCUAAGAAUCAGGGUGCUUAUGUCUUUGCCUAAAGACCAUCAACUUAUUCCUUUCAUGCCUACUGCUGAUUGGCCCAAUUUUUCAAUGGUGAUGUUGUAAGGGUUAAUGUUGAUAUGAGAAUGGGGUGAGGAUGGGAUUUAGAUUCUUUUCUAAUUAAUUUAAGGGAUGGUAUUACUAAUUAAAGAUGUCUGGUGUGUGGAAA